AUGAGCCAAGUUAUCGUCGACCACCAAACGCGCGCAGAGAUCACUCAGAUCCAAACAAAGGGCUUGACCCUCUUUGACACUCUAUAUAAUUCUCUCGUCCUUCGUCAUACCCUUCCCUACCUCCCUGUAUCAGGCCUCUUAAACCUCGCCGCCACCUGUCGCGAUAUUCGUUACCUCCUCCACGAAACGCCCGGUGUCUUUCGUCACAUCGAUCUUACACGGGUCAAGACAGCGCAUUGCGAAGACGCCCAUAAAGAAACAGAGCGCAAUCUUGCAGUCUGGCAUAAUGUCACUCUUUCUGAUUACCUGACUGAAGAUGACUUCUACGCCGGGCCCUUGAGGGGCAUUUUCUCUACCCUACGACAACGCGAUAUUCUUCGCGAUGUUCAAUCUCUAAUCCUCGACGGACUCUCCGUCACAGCUGAGCUGUGUCAUGAUAUCAUCAACGAUCCGUCAUACAGCGUGCGCAUGCUCUCGAUCCGCGGCGUCAAUAACCUGAACCAAGGCAAGCUUCGCGCAGCGCUAGCAUACGCCUGUCGCAGCUCACGCCCAGAGAACACCCCGCGACUCAAAGCAGUCUAUGUCUUUGGCCCCAUGCCCUGCGAUGGAAAUUCCCAGGACUCUGAUGCUUGGUGGUCCAAAAAGGGCCGUGUCCUCAACAGCACCAGCGACAUGGACGACUGGGCCCAGUGCCUGCUCGCCUGCCAGGGCCUAAUCUCCUUCGACGCAGUGCUCUGCCAGGGUCCUCGCCACGCCAACUCACCAGCCUUUGGGUCCUGCAGCGUCUCCUCGCCGUGCAGCCCAGCGGUCGCUACUUUCUCUGUUAGCAGCUGCGCAGGCUGUGGCAAAGCGCCAGAGGGUGUCAUGACAGCUAAGGCGCACUGCUCUUCACUACCGCUGCUAGCUCCGCCGCCGAUCCUCUCGUCAUCCGUGCAGGCUGCCACGACGCCGCGCCCGGGACAUGAGGAUUUCGUGCCGAGGUGUGCUGAUUGCUUGAGGGAUAGGUUCUGUGUUGCGUGUAAUAAGUGGUGGUGUGAGACGUGUUAUCAUCCCUUUGGUGGUGAUGAUGUGAAGAGACAUGUUUCGCGAAGCUGCUGGGAAUGCGGCAUCAAUUGUAACGAUUGUAUUGAGCGCACGCAAAAGUUUUGCAAAAAGUGCGGCGGCGGAUACUGUCUCAUUCACAACGAAGGAUCAUCAAGCGCCUUUUGCGACUGGUGUUUCUGUCGAGGUCGCGGUCUCAGACGAGUCUGA